CGGGCCACACAGAUACUCUACCAUGGGGUCAUUUUAGCAUAAUAGCCAUGGAAGCAGCCAAUAGGGAAGAGCCGAUAGAGGGAGGAGCCAAUCAGAUGGAGGAAGAAGCUGGACGGGUAUGCGCAGAUGAACAGCUGAGAGUGGAGGGAGAAGUCACUGCAGAUGAGUCGCCGAAAGUGAAGGAGGUAGCAUCACAAUUAGAGGUGUUGCAGCAGCAAGCAGAGCUCAUUCUUCUCGCAAGCGGAGGUGUAAAUAGAUCUCAAGUUGAACCCCAGAAGCUUUUCAACGAGCCAUCGUCUUCCUUGGUACGUGUCUCUACAAGUGAACCAUUAAGCAAAAACGUCAAUAUUUCUAAAGAUGGAUCUCGCAGCGUUAAACAAAGUUGCUAGCAAUAAUUUUCU